AUCUGCAGGCACCGCCUGGAGCUGGAGUGAGAGGCCCCGGCCCAGCCCGGCCACAUAUGAUGGAGAAGGAGGCGCUGGAGCCACCAGCCUCACCGGGAGAGACAGCCGAGGGCCAGAUCCAGCGGCUCCGGCACCUCUUCCAGCGCAAGGCCCCGGAGCCGCCGCCUGAGACGCCCGAGCCACAGCCCGAGAACGGGGCCCUGGUGAGCCCCUCGGGGGGGCCCCUCUACUACAUCUACGAGGAGGAAGAAGAGGAGGAGGAGGAGCCCGAGCCGCCCCCGGAGCUACCGCCGCCCGUCAAUGACAAGCCCCACAAGUUCAAGGAGCAUUACUUCAAGAAGCCCAAGUUCUGCGACGUCUGUGCCCGCAUGAUUGUCUUGAACAACAAGUUUGGGCUGCGGUGCAAGAACUGCAAGACCAGCAUCCACCAGCACUGCCAGUCCUACACCAAGAUGCAGCGCUGCUUCGGCAAGAUUGGAACCCUGAGGGCGACAAGAAGGCAGAAAAGAGCGCCCCUGACGACAAGGCCGAAGGCCGGGGUGCGCGGGGGCUUUGGGCAGUCCCACUACUUCGUGGCCCUCUAUCGCUUCAAGGCGCUGGAGAAAGACGACCUGGAUUUCCCCCCCGGGGAGAAGAUCACCGUCAUCGAUGACUCCAACGAGGAGUGGUGGAGGGGCAAGAUUGGCGAGAAGGUCGGCUACUUCCCCACCAACUACAUCAUCCGGGUGCGGGCGGGUGAGCGCGUGCUCAAGGUGACCCGCUCCUUUGUGGGCAACCGCGAGAUUGGGCAGAUCACCCUCAAGAAGGACCAGAUCGUGGUGCAGAAGGGCGAGGAGCUGAACGGCUACAUCAAGGUGUACACGGGGCGCAAAGUCGGGCUCUUCCCUGCCGACUUCCUGCAGGAGAUCUGAGUCCCCCACGCCGGACGGGGGCCAUGGGUGCUGGGCAUGGAC